AUCCUGGCGGGUGGGCUCUGCUUCUUCACAGUCAGUCCCUGGGCCUCGGCUUGCCAGGUUCUCCGGUCCUUCGUGCCGCAGGACCCCAGCCUGCCGGGCUGCUGUUCUGGUCCGUUCGCCGCUACUGUCAAUAGACCCAUGGCCGAACGUGGGGAACUCGAUUUGACCGGCGCCAAACAGAACACCGGCGUAUGGCUAGUCAAGGUUCCUAAAUAUUUGUCCCAGCAGUGGUCUAAAGCCCCUGGAAGAGGUGAAGUUGGGAAACUGCGGAUUGCUAAGAAUCAAGGAAGGACUGAGGUGUCAUUUACUUUGAAUGAGGAUCUUGCAAAUAUUCACGAUAUUGGCGGAAAACCAGCUUCUGUAAGCACUCCUAGAGAACAUCCAUUUGUCUUACAAAGUGUUGGAGGACAGACAUUAACAGUCUUUACUGAGAGCUCAUCAGAUAAACUUGCAUUGGAAGGAAUAGUCGUACAAAGAGCUGAAUGCCGACCUGCUGCCAGUGAAAACUACAUGAGAUUGAAGAGAUUGCAAAUAGAAGAAUCUUCCAAACCUGUAAGGCUGUCACAACAACUGGACAAAGUUGUAACAACCAAUUAUAAACCUGUUGCUAAUCAUCAAUACAAUAUUGAAUAUGAAAGGAAAAAGAAAGAAGAUGGAAAACGAGCUCGAGCUGAUAAACAGCACGUUUUAGAUAUGCUAUUUUCAGCAUUUGAGAAACAUCAGUAUUACAAUCUUAAGGACUUGGUGGACAUCACAAAACAACCUGUGGGAUACCUAAAGGAAAUCUUGAAAGAAAUUGGUGUUCAGAAUGUAAAAGGAACCCACAAAAACACAUGGGAGCUGAAGCCAGAAUAUAGACAUUAUCAAGGAGAAGAAAAGAGUGAUUAAGAAGACUGAGCCAACAUGCUGGCGGAACAGCUGAAGGGUGAUGCACUGAGCAAACACUGCUGAGACUCAGACAGUUGAGUUCCAUCUGCUAGAGGGGUGAAAUGACUGGAACUUUAAUUUCCCUACAUAAAUUUUUUAAACCAUUCUUGUAAAGUUACUUAGGUGUUUUUUGAUGAAAAGAAUUAUUUAUGGGCUUGUAUUAAACUAGACUCUUCAGGAGCGGGUAUGGGGUUGGGGAGGUUAAGAAGGUUUUUCUUUUUAAAUAUUGACUUUUAAAAUGUAAAAUUAGGAAAUGAGUUCUAAAUGAGGACUCUGUCCCUGUCUUAUCUCUGAGCUGAGGUAAUGCAAAUCCAAAGUGAAUGGCAAAGCGAGAAAAAAGUCAACUACAGAAAAGUCUUAAAAGGAAUAAAAAACCAAAGUUCCUUUUUGUUUGAAAUUGUCAAAAAA